AUGCUGAGGGCACUGGUAGUCUCGAUGCAAGUGCUUGAGAUAUUGCUGAGCUCCAUGUGCACCGUAAUGGGUAUUGUGGAGAAGAUCCAGGAAAUUGAGCAUGAGAUCAGCAGAACGCAAAAAAAUAAGGCCACUGAAUAUCAUUUGGGCCUUCUGAAGGCGAAACUUGCGAAAUACCGGCAGCAGCUGCUGGAGCCUACAACAAAGGGUAGCUCG